CCUUAUCGUAAAUCCUGAUUACCGUCGUUUUGCGAUUACAUUACCGGCCGUCCUUUCUUACUUUGUUUUUUUUCAGAUCCUUAAAAUUCAACACGCGUUAAUCCAUGUCUCGUUCAAUCUCCUUCGAUUCUACCCAUCAUUAUGGCCCCAUUUCUUUACCACACCUACCGUAAAAGGCAUUUCCUUUUUCUCUUUUCAGUGUUCAUUCUUUCACAGUCGCUGCCUCCAAUGGCCCUCACUAACCCACUUUCACCUCCAUCAUCAUGUACCAAAGGUCCGGGUCCUGUAAUCCCUGUAACACCCUUACUAAGUUUCCUUGUACGUGUCCAAGAAACUGCUUUGCAAACUUAUGGGAAAUCGAAUUUUGAUCCUAAACACUAUGUAGACUUGUCGUUAAAGUCUAAUCUUUCCACCACCGUGGAAGCAUUCGAUAAACUUCCCAAGACGGAAAAUGGGUCAGUUUCUGUUAAGGAUUUUGAAGGGUUUAUCGGGAAGUACUUUAAUGAUGCAGGGGAUGAUGUUGUAUAUGCUGAGCCAGUGGAUUUUGUACCUGAGCCGCAUGGCUUUUUGCCCAAGGUGGAGAACCCAGAGGUGAGAGGUUGGGCAUUGGAAGUCCAUGCUUUAUGGAAGAAUUUUAGCAGGAAAGUUUCGAGCUCGGUUCUUCAUCAUCCUGAAUUGCAUACUCUGCUUCCUUUGCCAAGGCCUGUAAUAAUUCCUGGUUCACGUUUCACUGAGGUUUAUUAUUGGGAUUCUUAUUGGGUUAUCAGAGGCCUGCUGGCAAGUAAAAUGUACGAGACUGCAAAAGCAAUAGUGACUAAUCUCAUUUUCAUGCUAGACACUUAUGGUCAUGUUCUUAAUGGUGCUAGAGCCUAUUAUACCAAUCGAAGCCAGCCUCCUCUUUUGAGUGCAAUGGUCUAUGAGAUAUAUAAUCGGACUGGUGAUGUCGAAUUUGUUAAGAAAUCUCUCCCACCAUUGAUUAAAGAAUAUCGAUAUUGGAAUUCAGAUAUACAUGAGUUGAUUAUCCGUGAUGCUGAGCAGUGUAAUCACUUUUUGAAUCGGUAUUAUGCAAUGUGGAACAAGCCGAGGCCGGAAUCAUCAACCAUUGAUGAAGAACUUGCUUCCAAGUUCUUGAAUGAUUCUGAGAAACAGCAAUUUUACCGAGAGCUGGCUUCGACUGCUGAAUCUGGAUGGGAUUUCAGCACAAGAUGGAUGAGGAACUCUUCUGAUUUUACAACUUUGUCCACAACAACAAUCUUACCUGUUGAUUUAAAUAUAUUCAUACUAAGAAUGGAACUUGACAUUGCCUUCUUGGCAAAAACUGUUGGGGAGAACGCUAUCACUGAGGAUUUCCUGAGAGCUUCUCAGAAAAGACAAAAGGCAUUCAGCGCUAUUUUUUGGAAUGAAAACAUGGGACAAUGGCUAGAUUAUUGGCUCAAUAAUGGUGCUGACUGUGAGGAACCUCAAACUUGGAAAGCUGAGAACCAAAACCAGAAGGUGUUUGCUUCAAAUUUUGUUCCCUUGUGGAUUGAUUUGUUCAACUCAGAUAUUCAUCUGGUGGAAAAGGUCACAAAAAGUCUUAAAAACUCAGGCCUGCUUUGUGCUGCUGGGAUUGCAACCUCUUUAACAAAUUCAGGCCAGCAAUGGGAUUUCCCAAAUGGCUGGGCACCACUUCAGCAUAUGAUAGUUGAAGGUCUAUCAAAAUCUGCAUCAAUGGAAGCAAGGACAGUGGCAAAAGACAUAGCUGAGAGGUGGAUCAAAACAAAUUACGUUGCCUACAAGAAAACAGGGGCAAUGCAUGAGAAAUAUGAUGUGGAAAAAUGUGGUGAGUUUGGGGGUGGUGGAGAAUACACACCCCAGACUGGUUUUGGUUGGUCAAAUGGAGUUGUAUUGGCAUUCUUGGAGGAGUUUGGAUGGCCUAAAGACAAAAAGAUUGACUGCGACUGAGCUAGGGAAUAAAAUGGGUUCCAGCCUUUGAGGCAUAUUAAUAAUGCUAGUAACAAAACAAGGUUAAUGUUUCCAAAAAGCGUGUAAAUGGAAAUGCAAUUCCUUUUUGGCCCUCUUAA